GAAUGCUCACUUCUCAGUCCGUUACCCAACGUUGUGUUAAAUCGUCAAUUCCCGUGCAGUAAUAAUUUAAAAAAAUUAUACCAGCAAGUAUAAAUAUUUACAAUGCCGUAAUUAUUUAAACAAUCAGUGCACAAUGCUCAUCAACAGUGACUAGUGUAAUUUAUUGCACACAUAUUCAACACAUUUGUUAUUAUAUAGUAUUACAUAUUAAUAAUUACAGAGAAAUAUAUAUUUAUAUACAUAAAAUAAAUACUUACAUAUAUUUAUAUACGAAAACUAAAAUAAAACAAAAAACAUAACAAUGGCUAGCGAUAUAUGGAGAAGCUCGGACGCUUCCAGGACGUCAAUUGUUAGUUUUUGGUGCAGUGAACUUAUUAUAUGGAGGUUUAUUGUCCUUAUGUGGAGUUUGUCUUUUUUUGUUAACACCGCGCUGGCUCGGGAUAUUAAUAUUCAUCACGGACCUUCCGCAGAAUUUAGUGCUCACAAAUUAGUCAAGCCGCGGUUAUUUCAUGGCCGUAGUAAACGUGAAAUUUUUCACACAAGAGAAAACGAGCAUAAACACGCAGAUAUUAUAACAGUUGGUUUUGAAAUUGACGGUGUCAAGCGUAUUCUAGACCUAAGACUCAACACAGACCUCAUUCCGGUAGGAUUCAAACAAAGAACACAACACAACGGUGGAUACAAAACAGAAGUGCCUGACAAACAUGAAAUUUGUCAUUACCAGGGAAGCGUGCGUGGUAUACCUGAUUCGUGGGUAGCAAUUUCGACAUGUUAUGGAUUGAAAGGUGUAAUUUUUGACGGAGAAAACAUGCACCACAUUCAUCCUGAAUAUGAAACUAUAGAAUCUAAUCAUUAUUUAUAUAAACACAGUGACUUAUUAAACAAUUACACUUGUGGUUACAAAGGGAACCAUGACGCUACUUCACAUUUAAAUCAUUUACGUGAAAAAAGAGCCACUGAAGCAGUUCGAGGUCCUUACAAUGCUAACCGUCAAUCUCGUUACGUUGAGUUAGUACUUGUUAUCGACAAAAAAGAAUACACGGCGCUAGGUCAAGAUCUUCAGAAAGUUUACCAUCACUGCAAGGAUAUCGCAAAUAUCAUUAAUGCUCUCUAUACCCCUUUAAAUAUAUUCAUUGCGUUGGUUGGCGUGGAAGUAUGGACAGAAUCAGAUCAAAUUGCAUUAUCAUCAAAGGGCGAUACAACACUAACAAAUUUUUUGCGUUAUCGACGUGAGAUGCUGGUGAAGACUAUCCCUAACGACAAUGCGCAGUUAUUGACACGAAUUCACUUCGAGGACGGAGUCGUCGGCAAAGCCUUAAAAGGCCCGAUUUGUACGUACGAAUUUUCGGGCGGUGUGUCGAUAGAUCAUUCGAAUAUCAUUGGAAUUGUCGCGGCUACUGUCGCACACGAAAUGGGUCAUAAUUUUGGGAUGGAACAUGAUAACACUGACUGUGACUGUCCAGAUGAGAGGUGUAUAAUGGCGGCAUCAAGUGGUUCGACGAGUCCCAUUCACUGGUCAUCAUGCUCACUUGAGUACUUAGCAUUGGCAUUUGAGCACGGAAUGGAUUACUGCCUUCGCAACAAACCCGCAAAGUUAUUUGACAGCCCUAUCUGUGGCAACGGGUUCGUGGAGCCUGGAGAGCAGUGCGAUUGUGGGCUAAAGGAAAAUUGCGACAAUCCAUGUUGCAACGCCUCAACUUGCAUGCUGCAUUCAAAUGCCAGCUGCGCGACGGGGGAGUGUUGCGAUCUAAAGACAUGCAAACCCAAAAACGCCGGCGUUGAAUGUCGGAAUGCCGAACACGAAUGCGAUUUGUCGGAGUACUGCACUGGGCAGAGCGAAUUCUGUCCCAAAGACGUUUUCAAGAUCGAUGGAGAGAGCUGCAAUAUGGGCAAGGCAUUCUGCUAUCAAGGAAGCUGCAGGACUCACAAUGAUCAAUGCAAAUUGCUCUGGGGUCCCAGUGGCUCUUCUUCAGAUUCUCAAUGCUACAAUAUGAAUAACAAAGGCACCAAGUUGGGCAAUUGCGGAUACAAUCGAUUGAAUUCUAGUUACAUCAAAUGUGAUGAUCCAAAUAUUCUAUGUGGAAUGUUGCAUUGCAAACAUUUAAAUGAAAGACUGGAAUUCGGAAUGGAGUCGGUAGCAAUAUUGAGUCAUUCAUUCAUCAACAACGGUGGUAAAAUAAUAGCAUGCAGAUCAGCGAUGGUUGACUUGGGUCUCAAUCAGGUUGAUCCUGGAUUAUCACCCGACGGUGCUAAGUGUGCACCAGGAAAAAUGUGUGUAAAUCAAAAAUGUAUGCCGAUAGCAGAUCUAAGAACAAUUACAGUUGGCCGUAACAUAUGCCCAAAUAAUUGCGGUGGCAAUGGCGUAUGUAAUAGUUUAGGACAUUGCCAUUGUAAUCGUGGUUUUCGACCACCGGAUUGUGUUCAACCUGGAUACGGUGGAUCUGAUGACAGUGGACCUGCCGAAGAUCCUAAUGCGAGAAACGACUUCGUAACAGCUCUCUACGUAAUUUUCCUCGGUAUAGUACCGACAAUAUCGUUAAUAUCUUUCCUCGUUUGGUACCGAAAAAAUAAUCCAUCACGCCCCGGCUGGAAGAAGGAUAUUUUAUCACCACACGACCGUGGAUUUGUCAAGACAAUAGACCGACCGGCAUAUUCCCACCCAUUGACCGGGCUUGAGACAAUAGACUCUACCUUAUCAUCGGAUCCAGCGUGCGCGAGUCUUCUUCCCAAGCCCGAGAACGAAGAAAACUUCAGGAACAAUAUGUUCGGGCACUUCAAAGGGUUCACUCUUAAGCCGCUGCCAGAGGAUUCACAAACCAGCCCUCCACCCGUCCCAGCCUUCGUCCCUCCAGGCCCAGCACUGCCGCCCCUGAACCCCGGUAGCACAGCCCGCCCUUUAAUUAGCAGUCCAGUUCUAGCUGCCACUACUUGCACCACAAUGGAACUGCCAGUUCCUACCCGACCGGCUCCAGAUGUGCCCGCUCGCCCCCUAGAGACACUCGAGUCAACUACUUCUCUGUCCCAGUCGUCGACAUCUCCCGCCUUAGCAUCCCUGCCCUCCAUUUCCAUUGACGACAGGUCCAAGUCCUCGACCCUCAACCGAAUCGCCUCCAUUUUACGACCUCAAGUUCCAAAAACUCGCCACCAGAAGGCGAUAAAGGUCGACAAGGAAAUCCUCCGUAGUCUGGAAAUUUCUGCCCCGAUUCCGCAGCAGAUUAUCCAAAUUACAAGGUCAAAUCUCGUACUGCCAAAUUCUACAGAUUCCGUAGACGGUUCAUCGGAAAUCUGCCCUAAAGUUUCAGAGGUUAAGAAAGUGGUGAUGCGCGCACAGAGCAUGCGUGAUAGCAAACAACCAAGACCAGCAAUCCACUCGUUUGGAUCCAUGCGCUCCACCCUGAAGCGGCCUUCCUCGAUCCCAAACAAUCGGCCCACCGCGCCACCACCUCCAGUCCCCAAACAGGAGACCCCGAACCUGGAUCUCAAGAUUCCUGGGCUACCGGGCUACCAGACGCCGAUUACUCAAAUAAACUUGGUUGGGAAACAGGAGGAAUACGAUGACUGUAUGAAUCUUGUCCGCGAGAAGUCUUGCGACAACAUCUAUGCGGUGAUCGAAGAAGUUGAUGAUAAAACGUACAAAGUCCCCAAGCCGGUGGACAACGGACUCGGCCUCCUAGGGGAGAUUGUCUCCGAGAUUUCCCACAGAAACUUUGACUCGAUUUACUCAAGCUCAACUUUGAAGAGGAAGGAAAAAGAGAAAGCUGAUGGGAACUACGUGAAUGCUAAUGCGAACCACUAUAAGUCUCCAGCUAGUAUUUACUCGAACUCCUCCACGGCUAUGUCCGCGGUCCUGUCAGAAACUUCUUCCGGAUACUUGCUACCCUCUGCUGUUAACGUGCCUUGUCUGGGAGGAAAAGCUCCUGGAAAUCUGGGAGAGAAAGGGAAGAUCGAAGACAAGUUGAAUAGGUUGGAGUCUAGCAAUCCGAAUGUCAAUGACUCGAUGUCCAAGGCUCUGGGGAUGAAACCUCCGAGUCCGGUUAAGGCCGGGAAGAAAGAAGAGAAUUUAAAGGGAAGAAAUUCUAUAAAUGAGAAAAGUCAGAAAAAAAAAAUUGGAAGACAAGAAUCUGAUGGGAGUCUUCAAGGGAAAGGCACUGGGAAUGAUGAUGAGAAGGUUAUAAGUCCUGAUGUUGUUACUAGUUGUAGUUCUACAAAGGCUACUGAGCCUGAUGUUUUAAGUGGAGGGAAUCUAGGAAGUACUGGAAGUUCAGACGGCAAAGGCGGAAAUUUAGGAAACAAAGGAAGAACUUUUGGUACUAAUCAAGCGAAUUUAGGAAAUAAUAAUAAGGGACAUUUGGGAACUUAUGAAAAAAAUAUAGGUAUUUUAAAUUUAGAAGAAAAUGGAAAUUUAGGAAAAAAAGGAAUGACUAGUUCAGUAAAGAAAAUUGAAGAUAAUAAAAAAACUAAUAAAAAUUCAGAAGGAAUGUUGAAAAGUUUUACUGGGAAAGGGAGUUUUGAAAGUAUUGGAGGUUUAGGAGAUAAAAAAGGAAAUUCUAAAAGAAUUUUAGGAGUUAAUGGAAAUUCUGGAGUGAAAGAAGAUGAAGCCUUGGAAGAUGAUGGGAAGAAAGAAAAUUUAGAAAGAAAUGAAAGUCAUGAAGAAAAAGGGGGAAAUAACACAAAAGAUAAAACAAAGCCUCCAACAAUGAACAAAGGUAAAGUAGUCAUAAGACCCAGUAGUAUUGUUGCUAAAGCAGCGACAUUUGUUGACCGGAAAAAAUCCCCAACUUACGGAGUGAAAUCAGUGACAUCAGGGUUGAAAACUCCCCCCUCGCCGUCUGGAAGCAAUAAAUCAGUAGGCGGUGUUGCGGGAACAAAAAGUUCGGUUACCGGUGGUAGUACUAAAAACUUUGUAGGGAGUGGAGCUGUUACUAAAGAAAUGGUUAAUAAAGUUGACAAAAAUCUGGGAAGUCCAGUUAAAAAAGCCGCCAGUAGCAAAACAAAUGUUGCGUCUUUACAACAGAAGUUUGAGCCGAAAUUUAUUAACAUGAACGCCGGAAAGAAUGUGAAGAAACCCGGGGGCAAGUAAGGUUAGGUUAGUUAAUAAAUUUGUUUCUCUAGUCUACAGUUAUUGACUGAUAUUUUGUUGUUAAUAAUCAUUGAUGAUGAUUAAUGUUGUUAGUUGAUAAUGAGUCAAUUGUUUGUAUUAAAUGCGGUUGGCAAUGCAGCUUUUCAAUUUGAACAAUUUAAACUCUGUGAUAAUACUUACGCGAAAUGAUUACUAUUAUUUUUAAAAUGAAUGACAUGGAUGUUGAUUCAAAUUUGCAAAUUAAAUAUUGAAGAAUACUAUGCUUAGCGCCUUAGGUUUAUUUUGACUGAUGUAAAUAUGUUGAUACUGUUCAAUGAAAACCAAUUAGAU